CUGGGUCACGAGGGCCUAUAUAUAAUUGCCUAUAUCUCAAAUCCCUAUCAAAUAUAUUCAAUAGGGAAUCGAUCAGCCGCUCGGCGCAAUUUCCAACUGAUAACUGCACAUGCCUAAUCCACCUGUUUGCUACUACUAUCAAGCUGGUUGUUGUAGAAACGGGAACGAAUGCACCUUUACACACCCGAAGAUACGUUGUCGUACUUUUGCCUCUGAUGGUUGGUGUCCUUAUGGAUACAACUGUCGUUUUUGGCAUGAUCCGUCUGUGAAACUAGGCGUUGUCAACAUAAUCAAAAAGCCGUGCCAAUUCUAUGCAAAUAAUCAAUGUAAAUAUGGUGAUAAGUGCAAUUUCUCCCAUGAUAUUAAUGCUCAAAACAAUAGUGGGAUUACAUUGGAAGAAUAUCGAGCCACAAAAACGGUGACAGGCGUGCACAUUAAUAUCGAAGCUCAGGAGUCUACAACUACCGAAAUGUCACACGACAGACAGGAUGGUAUUUCCGACGCAUCACUUACGUCAGUUGUAAAAUCUAAUCUAAUCACAACUUCGUCAUCUACAUGCCUUAACAAAAAUAAUCGUAGCCAUGUAAGACCGCCCUUCCAGAAAUAUGCUUCUGUAAACGCGAUUGAUUUUCAAGGAGCUUCAAAGGCUGAAAUUUGUGAUCUUAAUCAUUCUGAGCUGAAACGCCUAAAGAAACAAUUUCCUCCAGACAAAUUACGUGAAGUAGAAUCAAAUGAGAACUAUCAUAUGUUUUGUGUCAGAUUCUCCUCUACAGAUCCCGACUGGGUCUACGAUGUUCGUGAGAUAGUGUUGAAUAUUCUCAUCCCACAAAUGUAUCCCAAGGAACAACUUCAAAUUUCAGUGGUAAUGCAAGAACAUUUACCAGUGAUCUUAGUUGACCAUUUGAAUAAAGCAAUCGGUUCUUGGGUUAGAUGUAAGCACCAAUGUAUGGAACGAAUGAAUCGUCUAGAGCUAUACUUGCGUCCUCUCCUUUUGUGGCUUGAUCGUAACUUGGAAGAAUUAUUCACUGAAGGAUUACGUAAAUAUAAAGCGUUUAUAGAAAAUGGAAUUUUGGAUCCAGACUUAUCUUCAUUGUUAACUAAAAAUAAUGCUGAUGUUAUUUCUCACUGCCAGUCAAGUAAUAAGGAUAAUGACAGAAAUUCACUAUCGAGUUAUAAUAAUGCAACCGGUUCGACUCCUAUUGUGCUUGACAGGGAAAUUUUAGAAGAUCUUAAAUCGUUCAGCCUUAAUUCAUAUUCUGAUAGUAAUCCAUCAGUUGUUGAAAGUGAUAAGACCCUAUUUGAAAGUGAAAUAGCUAGCAGAAGUAGAGCUUAUAAUAACUUUCUAACCCAUUCAGAUGAAGAAAUUGUACCUAAAAUAUGUAACCUAACAAAAGAGAAUGAUUUUCCAACUGACUCACUAUUAGAUCAUGAUAGUAUGAUUGGUUUAAUUCCUUCUGUUAUACCGAAAGACGAAUCAGAACAGACACACAAUGGUGAUCAAAAUUCACAUAAUGGGGACCAGUUGUCAAUUGGGAGUGAUAGUAGUGUUAGUUCACAAACCAGUGAAUCGGUGUUAGAAUAUAGCAGCACUGAUGAGAAUGAGAAUGAUCCUGGUAGUGAGUGUGAAGUUGUUGGCGAUCCGCAAGUAUCAUGUGGAAAUCUCCUUAGUUCUUCUUCACUAACAACUCCCGGUACCCAGAAAUUAUUAAUGAGCGGUCUUAGGCUAUUGGGUAAAGCAGGAACAUAUAUACAACGUCGACUUUCUGUUUCUCUUCAUUGUACGCGUUGUCGCUUAUCUUUCCAGUGGCUUUUCACUUUUCAUGGGGCUCGAGCUAUGAAUAAUUUUAAUGAUCCGAAUACAGCGUGUAGACUUUUGCGUUCACUCCCACCAUACACAACUCAUUGUGCACGUUGUCAUCAAAAAUUGACUUUACUUUUCCAGUCUAGUCUAGCACAUGCAUUCGACAACAAUAUUGGAACUCUACAUUUAGAUGGUUGUAUUGCUGACGAUGUUCCACCGAAACAGUCUGAUGGUAUUAUUUUGUGUACUGGAUGCUUCAAUUCAGUGCGAGUCACCGGACUUGAUUUUGACUGUCCUCUUACACGACGUUGCUUCAAUUGUCACUCUUUGACUGGAUUAGAGUUUAGCAAAUUUCAGUUGGAAUUAUUAAAACAACCUUCAAAUUGUAAGUACCGCUUAAUAUAUUAUAUAGCAAGGUAAAAAAUAUUCGAAAAUUAUAUUUUGUGCUAUUGAUUAGUGUUUAUACGCUAUUUAAUUUUGUUUUUAAACAGUUUUUUGGGUUUUUAAUACUUCCUCUUAUUCCCUUUUCAGAUAAUCCUAGAACAAAUUCGCUUAAAUAAAACAUGCGUUCCGCGAUCUCGUAAUAAAAAGGGACAGGAAUGGGGGAUAAGUUAUAGAUAAUAUUUUGGUAGUUAAAGUUGAAAACUGUAAAUGAAUGGUGAUUAAGAUUUCAUUUGUUUGCUGUAGAGUUUAGAGAUCCUGGCUUCUCAUAAUGCCAAUAGUUUUCAUAAAAGAGAAAAGCAGUCGUUUCAUCAGUUUCAUGUGUUGUGAUAUUUGCUGAAAAUUUCGAAAGUUAUCGAGGUAUUUAAUCAACUGAUACUUCGUCCAUAUCAGACUUAUUUGUAAAGUCAUCCUAGAUGAGAUAAUAUUUCGUUACGUUUCAUAAAAUUUGAUAGAUACACUGAUCUUUUAUCGAAGUUAUAAACUCGUAAGACAUAACAUGUAUCAUCAAUUAGAGAAAGUCCUUCAUUUGACUGUUCACUUGUGCAUAAAGUAUCAUGAAAGCUAGACCUAUUGUCAUAAGGAUCAGUCUGAAAUUGAUAGUUACCGUAGUUUAUUGAGAUCAAAGCCUUUGAAAAUCAUUCACGUCCAUGCUAAUGAAACCUAUCGAAUUUCAGUACCGUCUAUUCUGUAUCUUACAACUUGUUUUUCACUCACUAUAUAAAGUGAAAAGACUGUAUACUACCUGGACUGUAAUGACCGAAACUGUCUCAUGAUUGCGGUGUUAAAACUAUAGGGAAUUCGGGAACUAUUGAGAAAAACAACACUGGCCGCUUACUUUGUUAUUUAGGGUCCAUAGACACUGUGAUAAAAUCUUAACUUACUAAGUAUCAUGUAAUUUGGUCCUGAAAAUUGUUGGCUUUACGAAAACUCGCAGUAUUGAAUAAAGUCGUUAUUACUAUUUCGUUGUGAAAAAGCUAGUGGGGUCCGGACAAAGACAUGACAUUUGUUCAUAAAAACAUUUCAGGCGGAUACAACAAAUUACAAAGUCGAAUAAAAUCAACUACAUCAGAGUUAUUGUUUCAUGAAAUCUACGGAUAUCCACCAAGAGUGUGAAAAUAGAUGGCACAAACCAAGAUUUGUCUUCUCAAAUUUCCCGAAGAAUGCGACGUACAAUGAAUUCAGCUCAAAAUACGCUCAUCCAGGAUGGAUCACCUUUACCAGCUUAUGGCAGCUGUAAGCACUAUCGCAAAAGCUAUCGAUGGCUGAGGUUUCCUUGUUGUGGACGUCUGGAACCAUGUGAUGUCUGUCAUGAUAAUUCUGCUGUUGAUGGACACGAAAUGGAACUGGCUACUCGUAUGAUUUGUGGGUUUUGUUCUAAAGAACAACCAUUUUCUACUAACAAACCAUGUGUAAGAUGUGACAAGAUGCUAUCAGGAACUCGAUCUUCACAUUGGGAAGGUGGGAAAGGAUGUCGUAAUCAAGUAACUAUGUCUCGAAAAGAUUCAAGAAAAUAUUCUCAUGUCAACAAGGUUAUAUCCAAGAAGAAAACCAAGCGAAGUAAAUGAUCAGUACAUUUAAAACCGUUUACAGCUCUUUACAAGAUUCAGUAUAAACAUGUAUUACUUCAAAAUUCGCAACAUAUAACAGCAAAGUAGUUCUAAAAAUGGAAAUUAUUCUUUCUAAUCUAUGGUUCUACAAUUAGUCGAAACUAUUGUUCAAAUACAUCUCAAGAAAUUAUAGAAUACGGAUUUAAGAUUUGCCUUACAUAUAACUAUUCUCUCGAAACACUAAUAUAAACUCAUUUCUGUGGAACCUGAUGGUAAUUUUUUUAAAAGAAUAUUUUUCUUCCACGUGUUUCAAAUAGCAAUUAUUACCCACAGUAAGUUAACAUUUCCGUGAUAUUCCAGUACAUUUCUUUGUACAUUAAACUUCAGAAAACAGAAUCUAGUUUAUGAGUUUGAAAUAUCACUUCCCUAUGAACAUUUAUUUUAUAUUCAUAUUUUAAAAAAGAUUAUUGAAUUGUCAAACAGAUUCAUUUUCCUGAAUAUUUUUUAUUGUUUCAAACAACCAACUAACCAUAUUGUUUUAUUUCUAGUUUCUUUAUGUCUAAAAACACGAGUUUUCUUUACAAACUUCUUCCAAUUCAAUAUCAUGAUAAUCCUGGUGACAAAGAUUUUAUUUAAUAGAGUAUUCUGGUAUUUACAUAAUUAUUAUGAUAAAGCUCUUUUUUUUUAUCUCCGAAAAUUUAAUUUAUAUAAACAAGUUGUCUUUAUAGGAAUUCAAUGAUCUGAUUAUUUGAUUUCUAUAAAUUUAGUUUUAUCUAGUAAUAUUUGGAAAAAUGCAUCCAAAUAAAAACUAAAAAUAUGUCAAGAAUCUCCGCUUAACCAGUAUAUUCAAAUGUAAAAUACAAAUGUACAAUAAUUUAAACAUAAAGUCAAUAAAAAUGAUUAAUUUCUGCUUUAAGAUUGUAUAUUAAAAGUAACCUAGGUAGUUUGAUAGUAAGUUUUGAUAAAUUUCUACAAAUUAUAUAAAAGUUGUCUUUUUACUUAAAAAAUAUUUUUCGACUA